GGACUGAGGAAUAGAGAGGAAAGGGUGGGGAACCCGCUGUCUCUGGAAGUGGAAGGAUUCAUUGCAUCUGUAGGAGCCAUUCUCAGACUAAUGAAUCUGUGGCCGACCUAUUCAUUUCUUCAUUUGUCAGGCUCAAUAUAAUGCUACUUUGCCACGCCACAUAGUUACCUCAUAUCUCAAACAUUGUUUCUCUCUUCUCAUCCCCUUUCUUUCUUUCUCUGUUCUUCUCUCUUCUUUUUGCCCUGCUUUGUGGGGUUCCUGCUCUCUAAUGUUCUUGGCCCUUCAAGCUUUCAUCUGCUUCUUUGUGUUGUUCUUGAUCGUUGUUUCAGCUCUUUUUGCUCUUUCUGAGGGUUUUCAGCUGUUGGGUAUUGGAUUCUCGGUUGCUUUUUCUCUGUGGUCAUGCCUACCCUCGUCAAUUGCAGUGGUGAUGAUGAACUCUAUCUUGGGGGUUCUUUGUGCACUGCUGGUUCCAACAUUGAUGUGUACUGUCCUCCUAGCAAGAGAGCUCGCAUCAAUGCUCCAUUUAUCUAUGAAGAUCUUCACUUUGAGCAAAAUCAAAUUCAGAAGCCGACUAUUGAAUUUCUUCCAAAUGAAUGCCUCUUUGAGAUAUUCAGACGGCUCCCCAGUAGCAAAGAAAGAAGCUUAUGUGCUUGUGUAUCGAAGCAUUGGCUUUAUCUUAUGAGCAGUAUAUGCAAAGAUGAAAUCUGCAAAUCCAAAAAGCCAUCUUCUUUUGACAUUGAAAUGAGCUCUAUUGGUGAGGAUCAAGAUAUUGAAGGUGAUGGCUACCUUACCAGGUCUUUGGAAGGGAAAAAGGCAACUGAUGUAAGACUUGCUGCGAUUGCAGUAGGGGCUAGUGGCCAUGGAGGACUUGGAAAACUAUCUAUCAGAGGCAACAACUCUGUAAGGGGAGUCUCUAAUAUCGGCCUUUCAGCUGUUGCUCACGGUUGUCCUUCUCUAAGAUCGCUUUCUUUGUGGAAUGUAUCUUCAGUUGGGGAUGAAGGUCUGACUGAGAUAGCCAAAGGAUGUCAUAUGUUGGAGAAGCUUGACCUGUGCCAGUCUUCCUCAAUCAGCAACAAGAGCUUGAUCGCAAUAGCUGAGGGUUGCCCGAAUUUGGCAACCUUAAAUAUUGAAUCGUGUACAAAGAUCGGGAAUGAAGGCUUGCAAGCUAUUUCAAAGUCUUGCCCGAAGUUGCAGUGCAUCACUAUCAAGGACUGCCCACUCGUUGGGGAUCAUGGAGUAUCGAGUCUGUUAUCAUCAGCUUCAAACUUGUCAAAGGUGAAGCUUCAGUCCUUGAACAUAACAGAUUUUUCUCUGGCUGUCAUUGGCCACUAUGGAAAGGAAGUUACCAAUAUGGUCCUCAGUGGUCUCCCAAAUGUUAGUGAAAGGGGCUUUUGGGCCAUGGGUGUAGCUCAAGGUCUCCAGAAAUUAGUCUCAUUGACAGUUACUUCAUGCCGUGGGGUAACUGAUACAAGCAUUGGAGCCAUUGGCAGAGGGUGCUGGAGUCUGAAGCAGAUGUGCCUUCGCAAGUGUUGCUUUGUAUCCGAUGGAGGACUGGUGGAAUUUGCCAAUGCUGCAGAAUCUCUUGAGAGCUUGCAGUUGGAUGAGUGUAACAGAAUCACCCAGACUGGAAUUAUAGGUGCUGUUUCAAACUUCAAAACAAAGCUGAAAUCUCUUACUCUUGUGAAGUGCAUGGGAAUCAAGGAUAUUGGUUGCGAAGCAUCUAUGCUUUCUCCGUGCAAAUCUCUUUGUUCACUGUCAAUAAGAAACUGCCCUGGCUUUGGUAGUGGUAGCUUGGCUAUGGUUGGGAAGUUGUGCCCCCAACUUCAGCAUGUUGAUCUUACUGGGCUUUAUGGCAUAACAGAUGUUGGUUUUCUCCCUCUGCUGGAGAACUGCAAGGCAGGACUCAUCAGUGUGAAUCUUGCUGGAUGUGGGAACUUGACAGACAACAUCAUUUCAGCUUUGGCUCAGUUACAUGGCAGAACCCUUGAAGUACUCAACAUCGAUGGAUGCAGGAAGGUAACUGAUGCAAGCUUGGCUGCCAUUGCACACUACUGCUUGCUAUUGAAUGAUCUAGAUGUCUCCAAGUGUGCAAUCACCGAUGCCGGUCUAGCCAUCCUAGCCGGUGCCAGGCAGCUAAGUUUGCAAGUUCUUUCCGUGUCAGGCUGUUCUGAUGUAUCAAACCACAGCGUACCAUUCCUUACGAAACUGGGCAAGACCUUAGUAGGAUUGAAUCUUCAAAACUGCAACUCAAUCAGCAGCAGUUCAAUUGAGUUGCUUAUCGAAAACUUGUGGAGAUGUGAUAUUCUGGCAUAAACAAGACCGAAAACAGAUAUGCUUAACUCGCAGGAAGUCAUGUUCAGCAGACUUUUUGGGCUCUGAUGAUAUGUCUGUCCACAGUGGACAUGGUGGUGGAAGUUUUGGUGACUUGGUUGUUUUCCAUGGAACUUUAGCCUUUCCCCUUUUUUGCAAGCAGCCUAUAUUUACAGGACUGCUUGUUUCAGAACCUUUUUGGCGUCCAAGGCCAUCUUUUCUGGCUACGGUUCCCUGAGAAUACAGUCACCUAGGCAGAGACGUGGUUGAUGGUGGUUUCCACUUAAGGAUAGUGCAUGUAUAUUGGGGUCUUAUUCUGUAUUGCUGGAUGAUUUUCUGUUGAGUGUUUAAGCUUUUGUGUGUUGUUGUUAGUUAAGUUUGCUUUGUUUUUUGACGAGUAUGGCUGUUUAGGGCAGUGCAAGUGGUGGGUGCCUCACGUGCAAGGGCUUUGGUCUCUCUCUCACAACCUGUUUUGGGUUGUUUUUCCCCCUCUUUUGGGGUUUUUGUUAAACCAAGCCCUUGUUUUUGUAAGGCUUAUCUUGCUUCAUGAAUUGUACUCUGCAGACUGCUACUCUGUGAUGUUAUAAUGAAAAUAACUACUUGCCCCAGUUGUUAUAA